AUUAGAUAUUAGAUAUUUAGAUUUUCGGAUGAUGACAUUAUUGAGUAUUGACGAUAUUUCCAAUUUCUUCGGUGUGUAACUGUUAAAACUUGAAUACUCAAUAUUUGGAUAUUGAUAUUAUCAUAAUAUAAUAAUAGGUAUAAUUUAUAAUAUUCAUAAUAUAUGCUAGUAUAGUAUAGUAUCCUACACUAGUCAGUGUCACUUACGCCAUGCCGUCACAGAACAUGAUCUCCGAACCGCUCGACGUCAGUUUUGUCAUCGAAGAGCUAGAAAACGACGAGAUCCAAGAAGGCUGUCUGACGGCCGAACAGUACACCAAACUGUUUUCUGCCUACUUGUACACCAACGAACUGUGUGCCGCAAAGUUCUUAUGGCGUCGUGUGCCCGAACCAGUCAAGGCCGAUCCCGAAUUGCAUAAAGUCUGGUCGAUUGGCAAAGCCCUCUGGACGAAACACUACACACAAGCAUAUGAACUGAUUGACUGCAAAUGGUCUAGUGUACUUGAGCCCAUCAUGGUUGCAAUCAAGCGUCGCAUCCAACAGGACACAUUGAAAUUCAUUAGCAUGCACUACGAAAACAUACAACUUGACAAAUUUCAAACGUUCAUGGGGGUAGACAAAGAACAAGCAGAAAGAAUAGUGGAGAGUGAAGGUUGGACAUGUAGAAAUGGAUAUGUCUUGCCGAUAGCAAUCAAUGAACCCGAUUUGGGACUAGGUGGUAGUCAAGAAAUUCUGGACAGAUUAGUGACUCUAUCAUCAUUUACAUCUUAUAUUGAAAAUUGAAUCGGUUUUUUGUUUGUGUAUUUAAUCAAUUUAAGGCUGAUCCUAACCAGUCUACUAAAAUAUCUUGGUUAAAAAUUAAUUUUAACAAAUAAUGUUUGUGUCAAGUGUAUAUAAAUGUAAUCUAUACAUAAGGAUUAUAUUAAAUUUAUAUCUUUUAUAAAUUUCAUCUUCUUUUUUAUUUUAUAUUUAUACAUAAAACAUAAUUUCCGAUGUUAAUAAACAGUGCUUAUUACUAUGUGUCAUGUUAAAUACAAUCUACUACAUUGUAGAUAUAAAAACUAUUCCAUUUAAAAGUUAAACAUCCAUACUUAAAAUUAUUUUAGUAGGUUCUAAUUAUCUCAGAACUUUUCAUAAAAGAAUUUUUGGGAGGUCAAAAGACAAGAAAAACAUAAUUUUAAUACUUCAUCAACCCUCGCAAUAUCAAAAAAAAGUUUCACAAACAAUUAAUAAUCUUUUAAUUAUUUUCAAAUAAAUACAAUCUUAAUCUAUUACUUUACCUCGGACACAUUUAAAUUAUAUAAAUUAAAAGUACUUUAAAUUAUAUGUUUAAUGAACACAUACUAAUUACUUGCCUUAACAAAUUAUGUCCUAAGUAAUGAAUAAAUAACUUAUUGUAUGUAAAACUACUUAAUAUUAGUUAAUAUUAUAUUUUUAAUUGUGAUAGAUUCAUACUUUUGUGAAAUACUAUUGAUUAUUAUAUUUUUAUAAAGCUUUAAAAAAAAAUAAACAUAGUAAUAUGUGAAAACAAAA